GUAUUAUCAAACGGAACGAGUAAAUGUAGCGCGCAAAUAGUCAACGAAAUGGUAGGUAUAAAAUUAGGGUUUUUCAAUUCAAAAUCAGAUAAAGCGAGUGUGAGAUUUGGAUUGGAUAGGUAUGGAAGAAGAAGAAAAAGAAGGCCAUGGAAAAGUAGCGAAGGUUAGGGCUUUAAUUGAUAAGGCAACCAACUCCACCGCACCGGAUGUGGAUCCUCGCCUCCUCAAAGCCAUUAAAACGGUGGUCCGAUACUCCGAUUCGGAGCUCCGUUUCGCUACCCAAACCCUAAUGGAUCUCAUGAAGCGUGACCACUCCCAGGUUAGGUACCUUGCAAUUCAAAUAAUUGAUGAACUCUUUAUGCGUUCAAAGCUUUUUAGGACCCUUGUUGUUGAGAACUUGGAUCAGUUAAUGUCCUUGAGUGUUGGUUUCCGGCGAGAUUUGCCGCUUCCAGCCCCUCCUUCUGUUGCAUCCCUUUUGCGUUCAAAGGCCAUUGAAUUUUUGGAGAAGUGGAAUGUGUCGUUUGGGGUUCAUUACAGGCAGCUCAGAUUGGGUUAUGAUUACCUUAAGAAUACUCUAAGGCUUCAGUUCCCUAACAUACAAGCUAAUGUGGAGAGGAUUCGGCAAGAGAGAAGGGAACGAGAGAGGAGGUCGAAAGAGAUUUUGUUGAACAAGUUUGAAUCUUUGAAAGAGAAAUUUUCCAUAAUAAAGGGAGAAAUACUUUCUACGAUGGAUGAGAUUGAUAGGUGUUUAGACAUUUUGCAUUCAAAACAGGAGCCUGUGUCAGAUGAUAUCUUAGACGAUGAAGAGCUUGAUGACUUCCGCUCUUUGGAGCUGCAGCAGCUUCGUCGUGAAGCAAUAAAUGAAGGGGACAAAGUUUAUGAGAGCAGUGAUAACAAGGUAGUUUUUGAUGCAUUGAGGGAGCUAUACAAACUUCUGGUGACAAAGCAUUUGGUUUCUAUCCAAGAGUGGGUUUCUGUUCUGAUAAGAGUUGAAGUAACUGACAAUAGAUUCAGAGAUUCUACUUUGAAGGAGUUCAUUGAUAUCCGAAAUCGUCUCAAAUCAAUCAAAAAGAAAUGCGAGGAGGCAGGUUGUUCUGUUCUAAACACAUCAAAACUUGAUGGGGAAGAAGAUUUUUGGGAGGAGGGUGGUGUUAUAUCCAUUGAAACCUCGUCUAAUGUGCCUGAUAAUAAAAACAAACAACCUGACAUGGCAUCAACUUCCCAUAAAACGCAUAGCGGUGAUCUUGGUUCAUAUACUAAAGAAUCUAAUAGCUCUAAUACCAACAGCCUACUUCAUGGAGGAAAUGAAUCUGAGUCGAACCCUGUGAGGAGUAAACUUUUGACAGAAGCUCCUGUGAUAAGAUGGGGUUCUCACUUGGAUAGUUGGGGUUCAAACAGGGUUUUUAUGGCCAACCAGCGUGGCUUGGAGCUUGAAAGUCACUGGGGUAGGGUAGAUGAUGAUGCAGUUAUUCCAUCAGAUAAAAUUGCUGAGUUGAGUGUUCAGGCAAUGCCUUAUGAAGAAAAGCAAAUUGAGAUCCAACCAUGUCGCGCUCCUUUGAGGAAAGGGGGACUCUGUCAGAGAAAAGAUCUGAAAAUUUGUCCAUUUCACGGAUCUAUUAUUCCUCGGGAUGAUGAAGGGAGGCCACUUAAUCCUAGUCCUUCAGAAGACGUGAAUGUUGAUAUAAAGACUGAUUCAGCACUAGCAGAGCAGUUAGCAAAACAAGCUGUAAAAAAUGUUCGUGAAACAGAAAAGGAGGCGGCCAAAAAAAGAGAAAUUGAUAGACAAUCAUUGAAACGUGCAAAACUUGCUAAAAUUCGGGAACACAAUGAAGCAGUUUUACGGGAUGCUGCAUUGACUUCAACUUCAAUAUCAGCUGCUUUUGGAGAAGACGAGGUGACUAAUGAAGUGUCUGCCAGAGACAAGAAAUCAAGUCUUGCAUCCAUGCUGAAAAAGAAAGUAACACCAAAAGAUAGAAUAGCUCAGAAGCUUUUGAGUUCACGGGCAAGGGAUAACGCUGGUAGCCAGCAUAUGACCCUUGAGGAUGCUAAAUAUAGAGAUGCCUUCCCAAAUCAGUGGUAAACUGGGAUGAUUUUGGUUGAGCUUGUCCAUUCAUCUAUUCAUUUAUUUUUCCUAAUAGUUACUUUGUUAGGCAGAUUAAUGAGGACCUGUUAAGGAUGAAGAAAAAUAGUCGUUUGGUCAGUUUAUGUGUUUUGUUAUUAAUUCAGCCCGUCACAUUUUCUGCAAUAUCAUUUUGUAUAUAGUAGUAGGGGCCAGGGGAUUACAAAUUCGGCAAUUGAUGUGGUCCUGUGGAUGUUACAAAUUUAUUGUCAAUAAUAACUGCUUUUGCAAAUUGCGACAAUUCUUCAUUUCGUAAUAGUCACAAAAAUGAAGAUUGGAGGUAUCUGUUUUGGUUUGGCUUUUAUUGGUCGAGUAGUGGUGCAUAGUGCAUACCAUAUAUACAUGAGGUGUGGAUGGAAUCUUAAUUUGGAAAGUCUCGUGUGAUGUUUUAUCA